AUGACUGUAUGCCUUAAUCUAUCUAUCUAUCUAUCUAUCUAUCUAUCUAUCUAUCUAUCUAUCUAUCUAUCUCAGUCUUUUCAUUAUCUAUCUAUCUAUCUAUCUAUCUAUCUAUCUAUCUAUCUAUCUAUCUAUCUAUCUCAGAAGGAGGGGAGCAGCAGGACGGCCUAUCUCUUUUGGUCUGUUAAUAGCAAUCUAUCUAUCUAUCUAUCUAUCUAUCUAUCUAUCUAUCUAUCUAUCUAUCCCAGUCUACUGUUCUUGCCAAGCAGGCGACUGUUGAUCGAGAAGAAAACGCUUAGCCUUCUGUCAGGCGUAACUGAAAUUGCUGACGUGGGUGAGAAGAUCCAAUAUGAGCCAGUUCAAAACGGAGAAGUGUUCCUCAUUUCUUUACUUCUUUCUCUUUUUAUUUUCUCGGAUUUCCUUUUUUUUUCUUUUCUUUUCAAAACUUCGGUUUUCUUUCUUUCUUUCUUUCUUUUUAAACUUUUGCGUUUUCUUUCUUUUUCUUUUCAUUACAUCAGUUUUCUUUCUUUUUUCACUUAUUUGUUUUUCUAUCUUUCCCUUUUUUUCAUUACUUCGGCUUUCUUUCUUUUUCUUUUUACUACUUCCGUUUUCUUUCUUUCUUUCUUUCUUUUUUUAGUUUCUAUUCUAUGUUUAAUGUUUUAUUUCUUCUCUUGCCUUUCUUUUGUUUUCUUUAAUUUUUACUGUCUGCUUCUUCAAUUUUGGGAUUCUUUCUUUCUUUCUUUCUUUCUUUCUUUCUUUCUUUCUAAUCGUUCUAAAGACUCCUUUUAUAAGAUCGUUGUUUCUUUUUAA